AGCGAGUACCUGAACAUGGUGGAGCAGUGCAUGAACUUUGCCUGUGAGUUGAUGGACUUGUGUCGGGGCACGCAGGAGGUAGAGGCGGUGCUCAGCGAGAGUGAUGAGGGGACACAGAGAGACCCCCUGGCCAGACUCAAGAUGGCUAUCAGAUACGAUGAGAAAAAGUUCGUCGCUCACCCCAACUGCCAGCAGCACAUGACCUCCAUAUGGUACGGGUCAGAAAUGGGCUUCCUCCAGUCCCUCAACGGUUUCAUGCAGUUCAUUUACCUCAUCCUGUUCCUGCCGGCCAUUCCGUUCAUGUGUCUCGUCUAUAUCAUCGCACCAGGCAGCAAGUUCGGCGCCGUCAUGCGCUGCCCGGUGACCAAGUUCAUCACGCACACUACGUCACACAUGUGCUUCCUCAUCCUUCUGGCUGCUGCUACGUUCCGCAUCACGGAGUCCAACGUCGCCAUUACGCACACAGACGAUGUAAAUCACCCGCGUUAUGUCCACCUGACGUAUGAGGAGAAGAUCCAGAGUCUGCUCAAAGAGACGCUCCGACCAGCCAGCACACUCAUCACGCACGUGCAGAUCUGUAUUGUCUUUUGGGUGCUUGGUUUACUGUGGAUCGAGUGUAAACAGAUCUACAGCUCGGGUGCUCGCUCCUACAUCAUGGACUAUUACAACGCUAUGGACUUUGCCGUCCUCUCUAUGUAUCUCUCUUCCUACGUCCUCAGGUUUUUUACCGAGUACAAAGUCUCAGAGGCAGACUUGUUUUUCAAUGGUACUCACCGCGCCAAUGCACUGUUAUAUCAGGGAAAUUUAACAGAUUUUGAGUUGUUCGUCGCAGAAGUCAAGGACGCACGACAUUCGCCCAAGAAUUAUUUUAUGGAGGCAUCUCGCUUCCAGUGGGAAGAGUACGAUCCAGAGAUCGUGUCUGAUGUGCUUUUCGCCAUCGCCAACGUCAUCAGCUUUGCCCGAACCACCCAGCUGAUGCCGGCGUUCGAGGUGUUAGGUCCGCUGCAGAUCUCUCUAGGGAGGAUGAUCGGGGAUAUCACUCGUUUUAUGGUGCUAUUUACUUUGGGUAUCUUUCACUCGCACCAGUUCUUUCUUGGUCAUUCUCUUGCCUUGUGGGCUGUUGGCGGGUUAAAACAGACGUUUUUCAGCCUGUUCUGGUCAAUGUUCGGACAGGUCAGCAUAGGUGACAUCAUCAUCAAUCACCCGAAGACCAACGGAGUGAGGCAAUGCAUGACAAUGGAUGGGGAUCGAACUCGGAUCUACUGCGCCGAUGGGCCGUUCACCAAGGAUGAGAAGAACGACACAGACAACUCGGCGCUGCCCCUGUACAUGCCCGAGAACCCUCAGAUGGAGAACAGCACCUCCCUAGUGGAGACGGUGGGCAUGUACCUCUUCGGCAUCUAUCAUGUCGUCAUCAUCAUCGUUCUCAUCAACAUGCUCAUCGCUAUGAUGUCACACUCGUUUGAAGACAUUCAGACGGACUGCGACGUGGAGUGGAAGUUCGCUCGCACAAAGCUUUGGCUCAACUACAUGGACGACGGCAGUACACUACCUGUGCCGUUCAACAUGAUCCCUACACCCAAGUCCUUUUUGUACGGCUGGACGGCGGUCAAAGACGCCCUGGGCCCCGGGAACAAUGUGGUAGAUUACAGUAAACACAAGCGACAGACGUUUCUCAAGGUGAUGGUCAACUUUUCUAGGUUUACCUACAGUUUAUACCUGGAGGUAGAUCUAUCGUAUUUGGCUCAAAGGAUGACGGGCACUGGAUACCUGAAGGUAGAUCUGUCGUAUUUGGCUCAAAGGAUGACGGGAACUGGAUACCUGGAGGUAGAUCUAUCGUAUCUGGCUCAAAGGAUGACGGGCACUGGAUACCUGGAGGUAGAUCUAUCGUAUUUGGCUCAAAGGAUGACGGGCACUGGAUACCUGGAGGUAGAUAUAUCGUAUCUGGCUCAAAGGAUGACGGGCACUGGAUACCUGGAGGUAGAUCUAUCGUAUUUAGCUCAAAGGAUGACGGGCACUGGAUACCUGGAGGUGUCAUCUCAGGCUGUGGGAUUGACGUGCAAUGACCCGCCAUUGCUUACGUCGCUAGCUCUUACACUCAGUCAUACUUGCGCUAGACCAUACCUUGAUAUUAUUGAUCCACAAUUUAAAGAAGGUCAUGGGAAUAUCAGAGCCGAGGAGGUGGAAAUUUGGGAGCCGCAGGACGGCCCACCCCCUCCAGUUCCGGAAACGCCCAGCCGGAUACCUUACGCCACGCCCCCUAUACCAGAGGAGGAGGAUGACCCCAAGUCAAGUUUCAACAAAUCGUACAAGAGGAAAGGUGGCUCAAGAGGGCACGGCCGCCGGACUUCUUCUGCGAAUGUUCCUAUUGCAACCACGUUAGCAAUACCACAGCUCGAUGCAAUACAAAGGUCUCAAAAGCUGUUGGACAUGAGGCUCCAGCAACUACAGGCCAACCAUAAAGAGACGAACCGGCUCCAGGACGACGUGGAGUUCAUACGACGUCUGAUGGCGGAGAACCAGAAGGCGCUAUGCAACGUCGUGCAAGCCCUGGCAAACAUACAGGGCGAGAUCGUGAACUUGGUCCAGUGCCUCAAGCCCCAGCCCAAGACCACCAGACCGCCCACCAACGCCCUAGUGGGCUCGCCCUCCGGCCCUCUUACAGUGGUCAACGCCCACCCCUUGAGCCCCGUGCCCGCAGGCGGGACGGCCGUGCUGGUAGAGCGCAUGCCCCCGGACACAUGCCGCAUAGAUCGAGACCGGGGCGGGAGCGGGGGGAGGAGAGACAAUAACCGGGACAGCAGAAAGAGGUCCGGAGGAGUGGAGGAGGAUGAGAGCAAUGUAUGAUGGAUCGCCCCCCUCCCCGUCCUCCUCCUCCUCAUCCCGUGAUGAGGAAGAUGAUUUUUGGGGACAUAUUAUUAUUCUUAUUAUUAUGACGAAUCACUCAACAUUGUUCUG